CCCCCCCCAAGUGUUUGUACCACUGACUAUUGUGUGGAGUCAAAGUAUGUCAGGGCAGAUCUUUGUUUGUUUCAUUUAAAUAUUCAGUUCCUGUUGGGAUAACCAAACGGUCACCUAACGCUCUCAACAUAACCACCAAUUUCCAGACUUUCUCAAAUGAAGGAAUGAAAAUGAUCUGCAUACUAAGAAUCUUCUUUUGUCUCUUUUUAGCACCAAAGUUGGGAAAAACGUUCAAUGUUAAUCCAAUUCCUUGGAAGACCUUUGAAGUCAGCCCUAACACAGCUUUUGGAUACAAGGUGAUACAGCUGGAUAAAAAUAGGUUGUUAGUUAGCGAUCCUUUGAUGAGGUAUGAUGAAAAGUACAGAGGAAGGAUUUACCGUUGUGAAACUGGAAACACUGCAUGCUCUAAAGUAUCUAUAACAGUUCCUGAGUAUGCUGUAAACAUGUCACUUGGACUGUCAAUGGUUAAAGACCCAACAUCUUCAAAUACACUGGCAUGUGGUCCCACUAUACCAAGAGACUGUAGUUCCUUUACAACAUACAAUGGCAUGUGUUUCCAACUAAGUGGUCAACUCGUUGCUGGGUCUGGAAUUCCAUCGUCUCUCAAAGACUGUCCUGUUUCAGAUAUCGUGUUCCUAAUAGAUGGUUCAGGCAGUGUUUCAACAGGAGAUUUUGAUCGGAUGAAGAUGUUUAUGAAAAAUUUAAUUACACAGUUUUUAGGGCGGAAUAGUCAGUUUGGUAUAAUGCAGUAUUCCAGUCGGUUUGAUAUCGAAAUGGACUUCAGUGCUUUCAGAACUUCAGAAUGGUCUAGGAUGAUCGAUAGAAUAAGACAGCAAAGAGGUCACACUUACACUCCAACUGCAAUACGAAGAGUAGUAAAUGAGCUGUUUGUACCAAACAGAGGAGCGAGGCCAGAUGCUGUUAAGGUCUUACUGGUCAUCACAGAUGGAAAGACCUAUGGAGACAGCACUCCCUUAAGUGUUGUGGUUAAUGAGGCUGAGAGGAGGGGCAUCAUCCGUUACGCCAUUGGGGUCGGCAAUGCUUUCCAUGAUCUCACUGCACUACAGGAGUUGAGAACUAUCGCCUCCAAUCCGACAGAAAAUCAUCUGUUUCGGGUGAAUGACUUCCAAGCUUUGGAUAACCUUAGGGACACGCUAGAGAAAAGUAUCUUUUCUAUCGAAGGGACAUCAUCAGGAGAAUCCUUUAAGAUGGAAUUAGGUCAAGAGGGGUUUAGUUCAGCUUUCAUGCCCACGGGAAAAGUCUUGUUAGGUGCCGUUGGGGCAUUUAACUGGAAGGGAAGUUACUUGAUGGGAGAGGAUGUUUUUGACAGCAGUGUCAGUGUGGAGAAUGACAGUUACACAGGCUAUUCCAUGGCUGUCCCAUUGUUCCGUGGCACAAACAACCAGAGCACUGUCAUUUUAGGAGCCCCGCGAUAUCAGCACAAAGGAGGAGUUAUUAUUAUGAUAAAUAAAAGAGUACACAAGAUCCUUGAAGCCACGCAGAUUGGUUCAUAUUUUGGCGCUGAGGUCUGUGUGGUGGAUUUGAAUUCGGAUUCCAGUACUGACCUAUUACUCAUAUCGGCUCCAAUGUACAUAAAUACUGACAGAGACAGUGAAGGACAAGUGACUGUCUGUUCCCUGCAGGAUGCGCUGCGCGUAGGUGCAUCUUGUACAGAGCAGCCACUGAUGGGGGAAGCAGGGAUGAGGGGAAGGUUUGGAGCUUCCCUCGCUGCCCUCGCUGACCUGAAUGGGGAUGGAAUAGCUGAGGUGGCUGUAGGAGCCCCUUUGGAAAACGAUGGCAAGGGUGGCCUGUACAUCUUCUCUGGUGCACAAACAGGAAUAAAUCCCACGUACUCACAGAGAAUCCCAGGCUCCACAAUAGUCCCAGGCCUCAAAUACUUUGGCCAGUCUAUUAGUGGUACUGUGGACCAGAGCGGAGACAUCCUGCCUGAUCUGGCUGUCGGAUCCGGUGGGAAGGUCCUGCUGUUACGGACCAGACCUGUGGUGUUGGUGACAGUGAGAAUGACCUACAAUCCGCGCACAAUCCCAGCUGACAACUCUGACUGCAGCAAACACCUAUCUUACAUUGCAAGAGUGUGUUUCUCCAUGGUGAGCCGUACUCGGGGCCAAUCAGGAAAUCUGGAAGCACAGCUUAAUUAUACCUUGACUCUUGACGCCUUUCGAAAUGCUUUGCGGUCUCGUGCCUUUUUUGGUCCUUCCCAACCAUCCCUGACCAGAAUGCUUACCAUAAGAGGAACUUCCCAAGAUAAGUGUGAAGACCAUAAGUUCUCAAUACAAGCUUGCCCAGAAGAUGCCCUUAAUCCCUUACAAAAUCAGGUAAAAUUCAUCUUUACAGACACGCCCUCUCAACAAAACCUUUCCCCUGUCCUGCACCCAGCUUCACAAGUCAGCUCAUCCCAUCCAUUAGACUUUGAAAUAGAUUGUGGUCCUGAUAAGGUGUGUAUCGAUGACCUUAAAGUGGAUUUCAAUUUCCUAAGAGUAUCUGAAAUGCAUGUUGGCAUAAUAUCGGAGUUGAACAUACUAGUGUCAGUGGAGAACAGAGGGGAGAAUUCAUACAACACCCAUAUAAUUUUUACCUAUCCAAUAGGAUUGUCGUACAGAAAAGUUGAAGUACAGGAUGCUUCCAGUAGGGCAAGAGUUCAGUGCAAUGCCUUGCCCUUUCUGGAUGAGACCACAGUGGAGCAGAUCUCCUGCAGCAUCAACAGGCCCAUUUUCCAUAGCAAAGCCCAGGCUUCCUUUGUGCUCGGUUUUGGCAUAGAUGGCAAUAGUCAUUUUAAUAAAAACGUAACAUUUACAGCCAACGCUACAAGUGGAAAUGGACAACACACAGGGAAUGAGAACUUCAAAAGAAAAAGUCUUGGUGUAAAAUAUUCAGUUUACUUUCAGGUGACAAGCUCUGAGGAAUCAACUACUUACAUUAACUUCACAGCUGGGAAGAGUGAUUUGAAGCAACCUGUACUUCAUUCAUUUAAGGUAAUGAAUCAUUUCAGAAAUCCUGAAGUGACAGUGACUAUAAAAUCACCAAUUAAGCUGGGAGGCAAUGAUAUUUGGACCAACAGAAGCAGCCUUCAGAUUCCAGGGUGUCAAAACCAAAAGGAUGAGAAUCCGAAUGUGACCAAUUUUGUGGAGAUACUGAAGAAGACACAGAUUGUGAACUGCACUAUUGCAGUUUGUGCAGUGAUAAAGUGUACGGUUCACAUGCAAGAGCUGCAAGACACUUUCUAUAACAUCUCUGGCGAAGUAAAAUCGGGGUGGAUUGAGCAGACGCAGCUCAUGGCUCUAGAUUUGGUCAGUAGCUUAGUUCUGGAUUAUGACCGGAACCAGUUUGUUUCUGCGACUAUGGACCACGAUCCAAGUGCUGAGGUUAGGACACAUGUGGUGAUACACAUCGAACCAAACUUCACCAAAGAAAUUAUAGGUGGUGUAUUUGGAGGUUUGCUGCUCCUUGCUUUGAUCACAGCUGCGCUCUACAAGGCUGGAUUCUUCAAAAGCAAAUACAGCCAGAUGAUGGAGGAGACUGGAAACGAGACUGCAGAAGCAAGUCCUGAUGCUCCACCAGCCGCCGAAUAACAUUUAAGAAGCACUUCAUGCUUAUUUGAUAAUGAAAUAUUUUUACAUUUACCUGCAUUCAAAUAUCUUUGGAAGAGCAUAUCAUGAAAUUUGGGUUUUGUUUUAUUACUUAAGCUUAUAUUACAUUGCUAAAGCAUUGCCAAUAUGGCACAGGGAACCAACUGAUUGGAAGCUCAGCUGAAGGUUUUGUCAUGUUGGCCUUGAAACUGGAUGAAACACUGGACACAAGUACUUUUCUUUUGGUUUCUAUCAUUUUUAUUUUCUUUUUGUGUAACUCAUAUGUAUGGCAAAAUAAAAACAUGUAAAUAAAAUCUAC